AUGGAGAGAGCCAGGCCAGAGCCGCGACCUCAGCCGCGCCAACUGCCACGGGUGACCCCGCCGUGUCCGCUACGACCCGCUCCGCCCCCGCUGCCGGUCGAAGGCUCCUCUUUUCGGGCAGCGGCCGUCGAGCCACCUCAGUCGCCGCCCGCCCCGUGCGCAGCCGCCAUCGCGACCCUGGCCUCGUCGUGCGGCGACGCCCCGGCGUCGGGCGUACAGCCCGUGGCACGGCGGCUGCUGCAGGUGAAACCGGAACAGGUAUUGUUGCUGCCUCCAGUGCCACCACUGCCCCAGGCCCGGGACGACAGCGCCGUUUCCUCGCCCGCGCAGGCGCGGCUAGUGUCGCUGAGGCCAGAGCUGCUGCUGCUGCCGCCACCGCCCGCACCCGAGGGCGCCCCCUGCAGGCCCGAGUUGUACCCGGUGCAGCCCCGGGAACUGCACGUUAAGGUCGAGAGGCAGGAGCCAGGUCCCGGCUGCGACCCGUCGGGAGUGGGGCCUCGGAGGGCCGUCGAAGCGGGCUCCAGAGUCUCCAGGGCGGCCAAGGUGGAAGGCCCAGGGCCGCCCCUCGACAGCCGCCGCGGGGACACGAAGAAGGGCAAGCUGGAGACAGAGGAGAUCAUGAGGGACGCGGGGAAAGGCAGCGAAGGCAAAAACCUGGCGACUGUCCGAGAAGAAAUCAUCAAAACGGAGAAGCCCGAGAGAUUCCGCGAGGACUGCAGGCUGGGCACGGAGCCCGCGUCCAAUGGCCUGGUUCAUGGCAGCAAGGAGGUCAUCUUGGCCCAGCCGUCCAGCGCCUUCGGGCCACACCAGCAAGACCUCAGGAUCCCUUUGACUCUCCACACCGUACCCCCGGGGGCCCGGAUCCAAUUUCAGGGACCUCCACCUUCAGAGCUGAUAAGAUUGACCAAGGUUCCCCUGACACCAGUGCCUAUUAAAAUGCAAUCCUUACUGGAGCCUUCUGUAAAAAUUGAAACCAAAGAUGUCCCACUGACCGUGCUUCCCUCAGACGCAGGAAUACCAGAUACUCCCUUCAGUAAGGACAGAAAUGGUCAUGUGAAGCGACCCAUGAAUGCAUUUAUGGUUUGGGCAAGGAUCCACCGGCCAGCACUAGCCAAAGCUAACCCAGCAGCCAACAAUGCAGAAAUCAGUGUCCAGCUCGGGUUAGAGUGGAACAAACUUAGUGAAGAACAAAAGAAACCCUAUUAUGAUGAAGCACAAAAGAUUAAAGAAAAGCACAGAGAGGAAUUUCCUGGUUGGGUUUAUCAGCCUCGUCCAGGGAAGCGAAAACGCUUUCCUCUAAGUGUUUCCAAUGUAUUUUCUGGUACCACACAGAAUAUCAUCUCUACAAAUCCCACAACAAUUUAUCCUUAUCGCUCACCUACCUACUCUGUGGUAAUUCCCAGCCUAGAGAACACCAUUACUCAUCCAGUUGGUGAAGCCCCACCUGCCAUCCAGCUGCCCACACCUGCAGUCCAGCGCCCAAGCCCCAUCACACUUUUCCAGCCCAGCAUCUCCAGUACUGGCCAGGUGGCUGUCCAGGCUCCUAGUCUGCCCCUCCACCCAGCACUCCCACCCCAGCGUUUUGCUGGGCCUUCCCAAAUGGACACUGAUCGGCUGCAUUCUGGAGCCAGUCACUCUGUGAAGAGACCAACCCUUGUCUCUCUGGAGAGCACCAACAGGAUUCCAACCAGUGCAAGUACUGCCCAUGCCAGAUUUGCAACCUCGACCAUCCAGCCUCCUAAGGAAUAUUCCAGCGUUUCCACUUGUCCCAGAAGUGCUCCAAUUCCCCAGGCUCCUCCCCUUCCACACUCGCAUGUCUACCAGCCUCCUCCCCUUGGCCAUCCAGCCACUCUGUUUGGGACACCACCGAGAUUCUCUUUUCAUCACCCUUACUUUCUACCUGGACCUCACUACUUCCCAUCAAGCACAUGCCCUUAUAGUCGGCCUCCCUUUGGCUAUGGAAAUUUUCCAAGUUCAAUGCCAGAAUGCCUUGGUUAUUAUGAGGACAGGUACCAAAAACAUGAAGCUAUGUUUUCAGCUUUAAACAGAGACUAUCCUUUUAGAGAUUACCCAGAGGAACGCACACACAGCGAAGAUUCUCGGAGUUGUGAGAGCAUGGAUGGGACCCCUUACUAUAACAGUCACGGCCACAGUGGGGAAGAGUACUUAAACCCCAUGCCUCCGCUGGACAUCGGAGCCUUGGAGAAUGUCUUCACAGCCCCAACGUCAACUCCCCCUAGCAUCCAGCAAGUCAACGUCACUGACAGUGAUGAGGAGGAAGAAGAAAAAGUGCUCAGGAAUUUAUAAUUUUAAAACAAAUAUGCACAGAAAAUAAACAUUUCUUAAAAUAUAUUCUGGGUCAGUUGGUGUGAGAAAAAAAGCCUAGUACGCUUUGCUGAGAGUUUUUAGCCAUGAUUUGAAGAGUCAAAACCAAAUGUAAUUUGUCUUCAUAAAGUUUUGAUUAG